UCAAGAACCCUAAAAUUUGUUAAUUUCCCUAAUAGCCCUUCCAAAAUGCCUUCAAUUCCGGAGGAGCCACUGCUAGCCUCUAACCCAGACCGCUUCUGCAUGUUCCCGAUCCAAUUCCCACAAAUAUGGGAAAUGUACAAGAAAGCUGAAGCCUCCUUUUGGACUGCCGAGGAAGUCGAUCUCUCUUCCGAUCUCCGCCACUGGGAAACUCUUACCUCCGACGAGCGCCACUUCAUCACUCACGUCCUCGCCUUCUUCGCCGCCUCCGAUGGCAUCGUCCUCGAAAAUCUCGCCGUUCGGUUCAUGAAAGAGGUCCAAAUCGCCGAGGCUCGUGCUUUUUAUGGAUUCCAAAUAGCCAUCGAGAAUAUCCACUCCGAGAUGUACAGUCUCCUCCUCGAAACUUACAUCAAAGAUUCCACCGAAAAAAAUCGGCUCUUCCACGCCAUUGAAACGGUGCCGUGUGUGGCUAAAAAAGCCGAUUGGGCUUUGAAAUGGAUCGAUGGCGGUGAAACUUUCGGUGAACGGAUAAUCGCUUUUGCUUGCGUGGAAGGCAUUUUUUUCUCUGGAAGUUUCUGCGCGAUAUUUUGGUUAAAAAAGCGCGGGUUAAUGCCUGGGUUAACUUUCUCAAACGAGUUAAUCUCACGAGAUGAAGGUCUCCACUGCGAUUUCGCUUGCUUGCUGUACUCUCUCCUCCGGUCAAAGCUGAGUGAAGAGCGUGUGAGGGGCAUAGUGAGGGAUGCGGUGGAUAUAGAAAGGGAGUUUGUAUGCGACGCUCUGCCGUGCGCGUUGGUUGGGAUGAAUGGCGAGUUGAUGAGUCAGUACAUUGAGUUCGUCGCAGAUCGGUUGUUGGGAGCUUUAGGGUACGGGAAGAUGUACAAUGUGGCUAAUCCUUUUGAUUGGAUGGAACUAAUUUCAUUGCAAGGGAAAACCAAUUUCUUCGAGAAAAGAGUUGGAGAGUACCAGAAAGCGGCGGUCAUGUCUAGUUUGAAUGGAAAUGGUGGAACCCAUGAAUUCAAGAUGGAUGAAGAUUUUUAGGAUUUUAUUUUUAUUGUAUUUG